GUGUUUUUGUUCCACCUCUGACCUCGCACAGGUCCUCAGUUUCCUCAACGGCCUCAAAAAGCGGCAAUUAUUUUCCCUUUUCAAACUUGUUUACCCUCCAAAAAAAGCAAACUGUGUGCCAUUUUCCUUCUCUCUCUACCCCAAUCUUUUUAGUGAUUCCUGCAUUUUUCUCUCUAAUUUUACCUCAAAAUAAAGUUUAGGAAAAGGAAAAUUACGCACAAAAAUGUCGACAACAGAUCAAAAGGAGGACCCUGCACCUGCAGCAAUCAUUAGCAAUCUCCAGGAGAAAGAGGAAGAGAAGGAGAUCUAUCUCGGAUCCGAUGAGCCUGAGCCUCCCUUGCCGCUGACCGUUACUUCUAGGGUGUUGUAUAUGUUGGGAGAUAUUACGGCAGGCCCAGCUUAUCGGUUCACAAAAUGGCUGGAGUUGGUUCGUAAACGCAGUGGCAAAUAUCGGUCCUCUGGCUUCCCACAUCGCCCCCACGGGGUCGUCACUAUGCCAUAUAGUGCAGGAGAGUUAUUGGUUGAUCACGAAAGUCCUCCACCUCCUGAGCAAACUCCAGAGAUCAGUUUGUGGGAAAGACUUGGUAAAGCCGCUAUGUUGGACAUAGAGUCGGUCUCUUUUUCUUGGGACUCGCUUUCUUCACUUCACCAUACUGAGCAUAGUAGCAGCACCGAACAUUCUGAGGAUGAUAUGAAUAAAGCCCUUGAGGUUACCAUCAAUUCUGGGGGAGUUGUUUUCUUUGCACUAUUCAAUCAGCCUGGACUUGAUGAUUCCUUACCAAAAGAAGCUGCAGCUGUCAUAAAGUUUUCAUCUUCUAGGAUGGCUACACAAUCAGAACGAUUUGGGUACGAAUUUGCAAAGUGGCUGGGAGUCCAAACUCCACAGGCUAGAGUCAUUCAUAAUUGUAGCCCCGAGUGGCUCCAGAUCAAGGAAGCUGCAGAGAAAGCAAGAACUUUAGCAGCUUCAGAAGGAGAUGAAGCCAGUGAAAUGACUUGUUCAGAACUUCUGGAAGCUCUGGAACUUAGCCGGUGCCUCUUUUUUAUGAGCUAUGUUCAUGGAUCUCUUUUAUUGGAAAGCUCAAAUGCCUUUGAGUCAGGUGACAUUGCAGAAAAAACGGCAGCAGCUCUUGGUAGGGUCUUGGUGUUGGACCUUGUCAUCAGAAAUGAGGACAGGCUCCCUUGUCGUGAGCUUGGAUGGCGUGGGAAUCCCUCAAACUUAUUAUUGGCAGACAAAAUGGCCUCCGUCAAUAUCAGUGAUCUGGAGGAUCCUUUUGAUUCAAUUAAGCGGUACAGACCAAGAGUGUUUAAAGCUCUCCAAAAAGAGAGGAGAGCAACUUCAGUAGAUAGCAGACUGAACCCUCAUAGUCCAGGAUUGGCAUCACCAAGCUCCGAACUUUCUGAUAUUACAGAUUCUCCAAAAUCAAUCGAGAUGGGCCUAAGAAGCUACACGCCAGAUGAAUCAUCCCCUGGUUUUCGCAUUGUGGCAAUUGACUCUGGCGUUCCCCGUCGACCUCCUGCUGGAAAACGUGCAAAUGACCAGACCACUUAUCCUAGGUUGGUUGAGUUGGUUCUCAACAGUUCUGAGUACUCCUCAAAUUUGCUAUACGAUAUUACAGGAGGGAAGUUAGGAUCUCCUCCACUAGAGGAUAAUGGCAUGACUGAUAAAAGGGCAGAAGAAAUGACUUCAAUUAUUCAGGAAUUUCGUAGUGGGUUUCGUGCUGCUCUUAGGGAUCUGCAAGGUUUCCAUAUAUUGUUACUGACACUUCACCAGAAACUGGAUGGCUUGUUACGAGUAUGUUUAAAUUUUAUAGAUAGAACAACAUCAGGGGAUUUUGACAAGGAAGAUUUCAUGGUUCCUGAUUCACCUUCACGUGGUUCUGGAGUUACUCAUUUUCCCUCUCCAAGUAAAGAACGGUCCACUAAUGAUAACCAUCCAGAUUAUUGUGAUACAGACUUACAGAGAACAGCUCCUAAGUUUGUUUCUUCUGGAAAUAAAGAUAGCUCAGACUCUAGUUCUCCCAUGUCACGAGAAGGCUGGGAUGGGAAGUCCUGCAAAGGGAGCAGUGAGCCCCUACGCAAUCUGCGUUUGACAUCAAAACUACGUGAUUUUCAUAAAGUUGCCAAGGUUGAUGCUGAAUCUAAUAAAGAAUUGGAGCAGUGGAAUGAGAUGCUGAGAAACGAUGCUGUGAAAUUGUGUCAGGAGAACAAUUUUAAUACUGGAUUUUUUGAGGGCAGUGAUAAUAAUAGUAUCGUUGAUGCUUAUGAAUUGAAGCUAAGGCUAGAGCAUAUUCUACAGAGGAUAACACUAAUUUCUGAUGCUGCAAACACAGAGAAGCCAUGUUGCAUCACAAGUAGCCUCUUCAUUGGUGGGAAUCUGGCUGCAAGAUCUGUUUACACACUGCAACAUUUAGGAAUUACCCAUAUACUAUGUUUAUGCUCCAAUGAAAUCGGACAGUCAGAUUCUCAGUUCCCUCAUCUAUUUGAGUACAAAAAUUUUUCUAUAUGCGACAGUGAAGACGCUAACAUCAGCAGCAUCUUUGAAGAAGCUUCGGAUUUUAUAGAUCAUGUUGAACAGAUAGAUGGUAGAGUUCUGGUUCAUUGCUUUGAGGGAAAGAGUAGAAGUGCAACGGUAGUUCUUGCGUACUUAAUGCUAAGGAAGAACUUCACACUAUUAGAAGCAUGGAAUAGACUGAAAAGAUUACACCGCCGAGCACAGCCUAACGAUGGAUUUGCAAGGAUACUGUUGGAUCUUGACAAGAAGCUACAUGGGAAGGUGUCCAUGGAGUGGCAACAGCGGAAGCCAGUGAUGAAGGUCUGUCCCAUCUGUGGGAAGAAUGCUGGUUUGAGCAGCAGUUCUCUCAAGCUUCAUUUGCAAAAGGCGCAUAAAAAACUAUCAUCAGGAAGUGUGGAUAGUGCUAUGACUAUGGAGAUUCAGAAGGCUUUGGAUGCACUGAAAAUGAGCAGAGGUGGGAGUGUUAGCCCCAAGGAACGUCAGAGCAGCAGUCUUCUUUAGCCAUGGAGUAAAAUUGAAUGCUAGGUUGGUUUGAGUGUAAAGUAGUAGUGAAGGGUGUUGUUAAUAGUAGGGUCUUAAGUUCAAAACUGACCAAUCAUAUCCUUGCCAUAUAAUGCCUGAUCAGUUGGCUGUCUCUCAUGGGGCAACACAAGAAAUAUUAAAGGCAGUUUUCCUUGUAUAGCCAAAGCAGCAGGCCCCAACUGCUACUUAUUUAAGCUUCUUGUCACAAUCUCUCUGUUUUAGGGUUUGAAUUCUAAAAUUUUAGUACAUACAUGCAUCCCUCACUUGAGUCCAUA